UUGAAGUCCUUUCCUUUUAUUUGCCAUAACUUGUAAUGAGUGAGGGAAAAUCUGUUAACACAAACAUCGUAAAAAUGCCGAAAAAGAUACAAUAUACACCCCAUAGAGAAAUAAUUCCAGAUAUACCUCAGGAUAUAAUCUAUCCUAACGAAUUAAAUAGUUUUUUACGGGAACAACUAAGAUAUCAUGUUCAAAAGAGCGGGUUGCUACAACAAAAUUUGAACGAUUUGGAAAUUCGUUACAUGACCAGUAAAGAUAACAUUAAAAAACUAGAGGAAAAACUUAAUGACUAUGAAAAGAUCUAUGAUAAUGCUAAGUCCUCCCAGGUAGCUACUUCAAAAAUAAUUGAUCUUAGUAAGAAAUUACGAGAAAAAAAUUUGGAAGUUGAGACUCUUAAAGCAAGAUGCUCCAAAACUGAGACAUACGCUUUCAAUUUAAAACAACAAUUAGAAGAUGAGCAACUUAUAAGUGUUAAAGAAUGUAAUGCUCAAGACACGCCCGCAGUCAAUUUACCUAAAGAAGAAAAUAAAAGACAAACUGAAAAACUAGAAACAUUGAACACUAAAUUAUCUGAAAGCAACAAUUUAAUUUUGCUACUGAAGAAUGAACUAAAAUUAGCUAAGAAAAUUAUUCAACAAGAAACUGGCGAAAAUUUCGAAGCUCUACAAAAGCUAAACAACUUAAAUGGUUGGAGAGGAAGAGCUCAACACAUUCUAGAUCUACAACAAAAAAAUUCAGAGUUAAAAGAAAAGUUGAAAACUUCUCAAGGUUCUAAUCCAACAGAGGUGGUCUCUUUUGCAUCUAAAAAUGACGCCCAAUUGAUCACUUUGACAAAGGAAAUUGAACAAUUAAAGAUUAAAAAUGAGGAACUAAAGAAGAAACAUGAUGCAUUAAAAGCUAGAUAUAAAGUUGCAGACAUGGAUGUUACUCUACUAAAAUCGAAAUCGACCAUGUUAAAGGAACAAGCUACUAGAGACCAAGAAGUUAUUAGUUCAUUGGUGGGACAAUUAAAUUCUUCCAAGGAAAUGAAAAAUGAUCUUAUGUUACAAAAAGAGCGAUUGAUCACAAAACUUCAAACAGAAAAAAAGCAAUUUGUAUUGGAAAUUGAAGAAUACAAAUCUGUAAUUAAAAGUCUUCGAGAAGAAUUAAACGAAAAAGGAGCAGAGCUUGAAAAAAAAUCGACAUUUAAUAAUUUUGAUAAAAAUGAGGAACUGAUAAAAGUAUCAGAACCAAUGGAUAGGUACAAUAGUCUUUUGGAGCUAAUUGAAACUGGAAAUGAAAAACUCAAAUGUGAAAGAGAAGCCCAUAUUAAAACUCAGGCUAUGUUAAAAAUAGAAAAACAAAAGGUAGUUAAAAGCGAAUCAGCACUAGCUAGAAUGGGAUUGGAAAACUCUACAAGGCAGAGUUAUAGUUCAAUCAAUUCCGUAAGAUCUUUGGAUUCCACCUUAAAAGAUCAGUUGGAAUUAGCGGAAGAGAAAAUAAAAGCCUUACAAACUAGAUUAGAGAUUGAGCAAAUGGAAAGAAAAGAGGAUUUAAAACAAUUUGGUCAAAUUAUUAAGACAUACGAAACCUCGACAACUAACAUGUGAAUAUAACUUUUAGUAUGUACCGUGGAUUAAUAAGUAAAUAAAAAUUAUUUCUGUAUA